AUGCCUACACGGACAGAGCAGCUCGCGCAGCCCAAAACAAACCUGCUCAAGUUCCCUGACAGGCACUCAGUAUGCUGGCUUGAUGAACUACCAACCAGGUCAAAGAUCACCACUACAGCCUUUGAACUGACACUUCGAUGGGAGCAGCUCGCCCAGAGCAAACAAUCAAGCCGUUUCUUUGAUGUAGUGACUAACAGCAGCGCACUGCCUCGUAUGCCAGCUGAUGGAUGGCAGCCCGAUUGCACUCUGCUGGACCCUUUAAGUGUUGUAGUUAAAAAUGCCAAGCCGAGUCCAAGAAUAUGUCAGCUGGCACAACCAAAGCGGGUGAAGAUGCUGUUGACACACUGCAGCGUUGAUUCAAGCGCCCAUGUGAUCAGCGUUUCCAUCACACCCUCUUCACGCAUACUACAGCUGGCCUCUCCUAAGCAGGUCCAUGCACAGCACGCUCUCGCAAGGCCAGUUUCUUGGCCGGUUCCAGAUCGUGUUCUGAAGGCCGUAGCCAGCGAGAAACUGGCUCAACCCAAGACCCAUCAGGCCCUGUUUGAGGGGUACGACCCCUACCAGGUCAGUCCUUCCGCUUGGGCCGCCACCGCAUCCCCCAGGCUGCUGGAGCUGUCUUCACCCUUACCACGCAAAUGUAAAGGACAAUAA